CCUGUUUCCUGUCGCCCGACCGACCCUAUAUUUUAACCCCCGACCCUAAAAAUUUUUUCGAUCGCCAAGUUUUUUUUUCCCGGAAAUAUUAAGAUUGACCGACAGGUUUUUAAUUUUAGCUAAUCGGUCUUCUAAACGUUUGAGAAUAAACCCUGACCUGUCUUGUCGAUAAAGCGCACGAUAAACAUUGACUGCGUUAACAUGGCGUGUCCGGAGACAGCCAGUGUGCUGUCUCUGGAAUUCCAACCUUGUAUACAUUUGAAAGAUGGCAAGAAAUUUAUCACUAGCGUAAAGGAUUCAACAACAUUUACACACCUCUUUGAAUCUUACCAUGAUUGUCAGAAUAAUUCAAAAGAAGCAGAAUUUACGGUGUCUGCACAAAAUCAAACAAGAAUACACGGUUCCUUAUCGGUGGGGGAAGUCGUUCGCAACUUUUCAUUAAGAUCCUUUUUAUUCAUAUGCAAAACAACCGACGACCCAGAGCUUAAUAAACUUCAACAACAUGCUGCAAAUGCGACUAAAAAAGCUGUAAACGCAUUUGAAUUGCUGAUGGCAGGUGGCCGUUCUAUUCCCGACAAGAAACGUAGCAGGUAUGUAUCAAACUACAAACAAAGUACUUGACCAUGCAUACAGUUUCAAGGACAUUUUAUUUACCGGUAUCAAGCAGCAAAUGUGGGGUAUAUUUUUGUUAGCAUAUUAAAGAGAUUGUUCUACAUCAAAUGAUUUUAAAUAUUAAAUAAGGUGUCAAAAUAUUCUGACAUAUUAAAAAGAUCUUUUAAUAAUAUACAUUGUACAUGUAUGGCUCAAUAUUAAGACACUUUUUUCUUUGAAGAAAUAUAUGCUGUUUGCUUAAAAUAAGGUGCAAGUGAAAUUUUUUAUAUUAAAUGCUUGUGUUGUAAAUAAAUAGAUUUUACUGAACUUUUUCUAGCUCAGGGGUCAAAGGUGGGCUUUCCAGAAAGGAUGAGUUGUACAACAACUUAAUUGAGACCUUUUUUAAGCAACACAAGUUGGAUCUCCCUAAACCAGUGCUACAGACAGAGGGCAGCUAUAUAGUUCAAAUUUGACUUUUACUUUGGUGUUAUGUAACGCGCUGUGGUACAUUACGAACCAACAUUUGACUAUCAACGAUGCUGCACAUGACAGACAGGAUCUAACUCCAAUUCCUGAUGCAUUUGACAUGUACCAAGGGUUUAAUGAGGUCAAAAGGAAGAAAAUGAAACAGAUGCCUCUUGAUGCUGGAUGUCUUAAAUCUCAUGCAGAAACUUUAUAUAGUGUUCUAUUGAGACCCAUAACUUCUUCUACUGAAGCAUGGAGGAAGGGAAGUAAAGAAAUUCAGGGCCUGGCUGACUGUUUUGAUUCCUAUAGCAACUACCUAAAAAGAAAGAAUGAAGAAAUGCAGACAACUCAUGCAGAGAUGCAUCCUGCAAGAACAAUUGCUGAAGAUGCAACUAUUGAGCAUAGGACACCAUCAUCAUUGGUUAAGCAGCAAUACCACCUGCUUGAUGCUAUCAUAAAAGGAAAGGAAGUUGGAGAAUUUUUUAUUUUUGAUGAAAAAGAGCAUGUUAAUGAACCAUUUAUUGACUCAAAGCAGAAAUACCGAUUCCUUAAGGGUCUUCAGCUGUCUGUUCCAAUAGACAUACUUAAAUUCAGUCCAGGUGGAUCAACAACAUCCUCAUUCAUAAUCUGUAGAACACUAGAGAACCGUGCAGAGUCACAGAUAUUAGUUCAGGGUGCCAGGUUGUUGCAGACAGCAAGGUCAGAAAUUCAGGAAUUUCACACCCGAGAGAUGAAAAAAACAUUCAAAGAGAAGAUUAAUAAUAUAACUUCCUUGUCACCAUCUGUUAUAGAAUACAUAUACAAGGAGUUGGCAUUUGAUGGCAGUCAAACAACUAAUCCGGUUAUGCAAGAACGUUUACGUCUCAUUUCAUUAGGCCAUACAGAUUUAAUUGCAGAUCUAAGGCAUACCAAUCCAGGAAGACCAAACACGAAGUUUGAUGUGUUUUUUGAAAAGCUUCAAGAAGUUCUUGAGAAUAUUACAGCUGCUGAUGACAGGAGACAUGGCCAUGCACAUCUCAGUGAAUUCAUUUCAAUAUCAGACAUGAUCCAGAGAGCAGUAUCUACUUGUCCACCUGGUACCCCUGUUCCUUCAGCAAGUCUUGUAAAACUACAGUUUGCACCGAGAAAUCCAUAUUGCCAUGGGGCUUUGAACUUUACAUCUCGUUUAAAUGUACAGUUUAAAAUUCAAAGAAGACAACUACGCACAACUCAUCCUGACAGUCAUUUCUGCAAUGCUCAGUUUAAGUAUCUAAAAUCAUUUGCUGUAGAGGAAGCUGAAAGAUGCAUGAUGGUAUGCUGCGAUGAUAAGGCAAAAGUACCAAUUGGUGAUCCUGGUGCUUCAGUAUCAACAGGAGUAAGGGGAAAAAAAUCAAUUGUACCUACUUCCAGCACCCUUGUUGCCCUUGAUCACGACAUGACACGGUGUUCACUCACACCAUCAGUUGUAUUACAAUGCGAAGUGCCAAAAAGUGUUGACAAAUCUUUUGUACGUGGAAAGGUUUUUACUGUGCUGAAUGAUUCAAUUUUUCAGACUGCAUCUCCUUUUCGUCAUGCAGCAUUCCUUUCAAAGAUGAUGCUUAGUUCAGGCAAUGAUCCUAAGCCAAUGCUGUUGAAAUUCACAGACGGUGGAGUAGAUCAAAGAAACACUCUGGAAGCUGUUAAACUAGCAAACAUCUGCUUGUUUAAGGAGUUUAACUUGGACCUUUUAAUCCAUGCUCGCUGUGCACCAGGCCAUAGUUAUACAAAUCCAGCAGAGAGGGUGAUGAGCAUUUUAAAUCUAGGACUACAAAAUGUGUCUUUAGAAAGAAAACCCUGUGAGAAAAAGAUUGAAGAUGCUUUGAAAAACAAGAAUAGCAUGGCAGAAGUCAGGGCUUUUCAUGAAGAAAACCCCAACUUUAGAAUAAGACAAGGGUGGACAGAAUCUCUUGAGGAAGUAAAAAGAACCAUUCAGAAUAGAUUUAUCAGAUUGAAGCUCAAAGAUGAAACUGUUCAGGUCUUAGAUCCUCUCAGUGACCAAGAUAUUGAGGUAAUGAAACGACACCUAAGAUAA